AUGGACAAACUUUCCGGUCUCGCAUCCAAGCUCGGCGGCAAGGGCCAGAGCCACCAGCAGGGCGGCAAGGGCCAGAGCCAUCAGCAGGGCGGCAGCAGCAGCGGCGGCUCCUCCAACAACAACCAGGAAGACUACGUCGACAAGGGUCUCGACUCAGUUGAGAAGAAGUAUGGCGCCGACCCGUCCAAGUUGCGUGACACCAACGAAAAGAUCACCGACACCGGUCGCCAGCAGUUCGAGAGCAGGACUGGCAAGCACGUUCCGGAUAAGAUCUCCAACUAG